AUGGAACAUUUGGACUCCAGUCUGGCAGAUUUGCCACGCUCCCGUUUCAAGGGUGUGGCUGUUAUUACAGAUGACAAAUCAACAAUAUCAUCCACUGAAGAAUACUUAGAAAACAUUGGCAUCUUUCGUAUUGAUCCAUCCCUAAAGCCAUAUAAAGAUCACUUCAAAUAUAGACUGAAGAGAUAUGUAGAUCAGAAAAAGCUUAUCGAAGAAUAUGAAGGAGGUCUUGAGGAAUUUGCAGAAGGUUAUUUGAAAUUUGGAUUUAACAGAGAAGAAGAUGGAAUUGUGUACCGAGAGUGGGCACCUGCUGCUCAGGAAGCACAAAUUAUUGGAGACUUUAAUGGAUGGGAUGGUUCCAACCACCAGAUGGAAAAAAAUCAGUUUGGUGUCUGGAGUAUUAAGAUCCCUGAUGCUGAUGGAAAUCCAGCUAUACCACACAAUUCAAGAGUGAAGUUUAGAUUCCGACAUGGGGAUGGAGUUUGGGUUGAUCGCAUCCCUGCUUGGAUCAAAUAUGCCACUGUUGAUCCUACCAGAUUUGCAGCACCAUACGAUGGUGUCUACUGGGAUCCACCACUUUUAGAGAGGUCUCAUUAUUCACCUGUUGAAUUUCUUUUGACUUGUAUUCUUUAA